GGGAGGUUGUGUUCUUAUCCCAGUGUAAUCACGCUACAUUGAAGAUUUCUAUUCAGUUUUAGAGUAAGUGUUGGUGGUAGGGGGUAAAUAGAAGGUAAGGAAGGCACAGUCCCUGUCUUUUUGUAGUUUCUACUUUAUUAAGGGGUGGUCUACAAAAGAACAUUGAUAAGGGCAAGUGAGCAAACUGCCAUAGGAGAAAACAUCAUCUCAUGCUUUAAUUAUACCAAGGAAGGAAUGGUCUUAAUGCUGUCAUCAGGAAGCUUCAUUGCUUGAUUGAAUCCCACAUCCUCUUAGUGUUGUUCCAGUUCCAGAGGACAGCAUUCAGAAGGAACCCUUCAUGCCUAAUCACUCUUCUCUAAUCAUGUAGAGUCCCUAAGGCCAGAGGAGGAGGAGAGACUAUAAGAGUACUUUAGGAAUUCCAUUUGCCUGGGCUACUAAUAAGCUCAACAAGGCUUUUCUCUCUCUCUCUCUCUCUCUCUCUCUCUCUCUCUCUCUCUCUCUCUCUCUCCCCACUGGGGAUGAGACCCAGGGGUGUUUUACCACUGAUCUAUGUCCCCAGUCCUUUUAAUUUUUUUUUUUUUUAAUUUUGAAACAGGCUCUCUCUAAGUUGCUGAGGGUCUCAUUAAGUUGCUGAAGCUGGCUUUGUUCUUGUGAUCUUUCUGCCUCGGCCUCCGUAGUCGUUGGGAUUACAAGCAUGUGCCACUAUGCCCAACAGGCUUAUAUCUUACAACUUCCCUGGUGCCUUCUUUCGCAUCACACCCAUAUAUUAUCACUGUUGUGGUGAGGAGAGUCAAACCCACAGAAGGAAGGGGAGAAAGGACCUUUCUCCUGGCUUAGAACAGGAGGACUAAGCCCUGCCAAAGCUCUUUGAUUCACACAUGGUUUUCCCAAGAGGCUGACUCCAUCUUACAGCGGUAGACAGACAGAGCUACCUAAAGGAAGAGAUAGGGAACCUUGGGAAAAGAAUAUACCAGAUAAAGCUCUCUGGUAAGACAAUCUAGGCCCUCGUGACUCUAUUCCUUGGGUUUUUUGGGAGCUGUGUGGAUGAUAAGAGAGGAAUGUUGAGUACCACUCAGAGGUCAGUACACAAGGUUUACAACAACAUGUGUGUAGCAGUAGUGACAAAUGUUAAAUGACAGAGUUUUAGCAAGUGGAAAUUUGGAUAGCGUGGGAACGAAUUUCAGAGUCACUUAAGGCAGAGUACAGAGCAGAAAUAGAGGCAGGGACCCAGAGGCUUGGGAGGCUGAGGCAGGAGGAUCGAGAAUUCAAAGCCAGUCUCCGUGAAAAAGCAAGGCACUAAGCAACUCAGUGAGACCCUGUCUCUAAAUAAAAUACACAACAGGGCUGGGGAUGUGGCUCAGUGAUCCAGUGCCCCUGAGUUCAAUCCCCAGUGCCACACACCCCCGCCAAAAAAAAGAAAAGAAAUAGAGGCAAGGAAAUACAAAUGAUAGCAGCUCAAUGGGAACAUAAAGGAGUAUAAAGAGUUGAGACUAGAAAACAGGUUCAAUCAGUGUUCUUAACGAUCUUGAGUAUUAAGCCCAUUUUCAACUGAUAUAGUUCAGUUGGUAGAGUGCUUGCCUCACAUGCACAAAGGGAAGCAUCAAGUUCAUAGAGCUGCCCUUUAACCUACUGACAUGUUGACUGGGUGCAAGCUAAGCCCAUGAGAACAUGAGUUUGUAUUUGCUGUCUGGUAUCAUAGUUUAUGUAGGUAAUGAUGUACUAAGAGUGGGUUUCUCAGUUUUAAAGGCUUAUGGUGGUCUCAGGUAUAUGGUGUAAGCUUCAAGAAAAUUAAGUACUGUAUUUAAUUUGCCAGGUUAUGAGGCAGUGUUAAAAGCUUUUAAGCAAGAGAAUAAUAUGAUUAUACCUUCUUGAAUAUAACAAAAAUUUUUUUCAAGCGUGAUAUAAUCUUACCAUUAUAAAGUUUUCCAUGUGUCAGAUACUGUAUUAAACAUUUUACAUGUAGAAUUAAAUAUACGUACGUAAGUAACAGAUGGCUUAAACUGUGUUAAAGUUAUUUCUCCAAGGGAUUAUGUACUUUGUGUUUAUUUUUUUUUAAAGGGACAAUCUUAAUAUUACAUGUUUAAAAAUGUGUAGCAUGUUAUGAAUUUGAUUAUGGUCACAAAAUCUGGACAUGGAUUAACACUGGCUUGGGCCCUAAGGCCUGUGGUGUGUCUUUGUGUCUAGGACAUUCUAACUUUAAGAGGCCUAUCAGAUGUUCUGUGCUGUUUUAUUCAAUUACUGUUGUCAUCUUUCAUCUGCAUAUCUGAUUAUAAUAUUCAGUUAGCCUUGGGGUUAAUUCUCACAUAGCAAAGAUCAAAAGUUAAUGCAUUUACAGGGUUCUUUACAAACAGGGCUGAAAUCACCACAAAUUUCCCCUAAAACAUUGCUGUGCAAAAGAUCCAGAGGGGAUAGAUUUCUCUCUUCUUUUAAAUAAUGAAUUCUGUAGGCAGCAGUGAAUUUCUCAGUGGACUGACAUCACCCCUCUGUUCUCUACGUUCUCUGUUCUCUACGUUUUAUCAGCUGGAUAAAAAUUUGAAUCUUUAAUAGGGGCAUGCAUUUAAUCUUGCUUUUUAUCUAUAACAAAUAGCAUAGAAAGCCUGAAAUAGUCAGAUUUCCUAGAUUGUUAGGGACUUUAAUGAAAAUUUUUUUAUUUUCUAAAAAUUUGAAAUGUUUUAUGAGUGUUCUAAAUUUAAAACAAUACAUCUAGCUAGGCAUGGUGAACACAUCUGUAAUCCCAGCAACUCCAGAGGCUGAGGAAGUUAAGAUGGGAGGAUAGCAAGUUUGAGGUCAGCCUCAGAAAUUUAGUGAGGCCCUAUCUCAAAAUUUUAAAAAGUAAAAAGAGCUGGGGAGGGGCUGAGGAUAUAGCUCAGUUGGUAGAGUGCUUGCCUCACAUGCACAAGGCCCUGGGUUCAGUCCCCAGCACCAUUAAAAAAAGAGCUGGGGAUAUAGCCCCUUGGGGCUAUAAAAUAAAUAAUUAAAUAAUAAAUGAAUGAAUGAAUAAAAAUAAAAGUCUUUAGGGUUAUGAUAUGAAGCAGGCAGUCCUUGAUAAUAAUGCUGUGAGAACUGUUGAGGAGCUUAUUUGAAAUCAGGACUGUUGACAGUGCUUCAGCUCUGGGGAAAUAGGUCAGUGGUACAGCAUACUUGCCUAGCAUAUACAAGGCCCUGAGUUCAAUGCCUAGCACUGCAAGAAAAAAAAUUUAUGUAUAGUAAAUUCAUAUCCCCCAGUAGAGGGCAUGAUAGCAUUUGUUUACUUUUUCUGCCCAGCAUUGACAUCCUAGUUGAUUUGAAAAUCAUUCUUAACAUACUUAGAGGAUUCAAAACUUCAAAGUAAGAGUUUUGGGGACUUAAAGUAGCGUUUAGAAUUCUAAUGAUAUUCUUAUUAAUUCUCAGGAUCUCCAGAGGGAGCCUGAAAAGCCAUAACAUACCAUGGGAUUGAAUGUCCUUUGUCCAUUGAAGGGGAUGGAUAAGAACUUUCCAUUCAGAUCCAAAUGCGUAUAGCUUUCUUUCUCUAGUUCAGAGUAAAUUUAGUUAGAAGAUGUACUGGAAACCCAUCAAGUGAAAAAGCUUUUCUUUUAUUGACUCCUGCUUUCUUUGAUGGUACUAUCACUUGUUAAAAGCUAACCAAGAGUGAAGUCCGAGCUGCGAUGGUGCAGAGUCAUGGCUGGACAAGUAUUUAGAAAGUUUCUUCCACUUUUUGACAGAGUAUUGGUUGAAAGGAGUGCAGCUGAAACUGUAACCAAAGAAGGCAUUAUGCUUCCAGAAAAAUUUCAAGGAAAAGUUUUGCAAGCACCAGUAGUAGCUGUGGGAUCAGGCUCUAAAGGAAAGAGUAGAGAGAUUCAGCCAGUUAGCAUGAAGGUUGGAGGUAAAGUUCUCCCAAAGUAUGGAGGCACCAAAGUAAUUCUAGAUGACAAGGAUUAUUUCUUAUUUAGAGAUGGAGACAUUCUUGGAAAGUAGGUAGACUGAAACGAAUCUCUGUUGAAAUGGCGUCCUAUGAAGCUGCCCACUCCACUCAAGCUCUGAAAUCUUUCAUCAUGUAAAUAAUUUCCAUGUCUCUUUUAUAAUAAACUGAUAAUCUAAUAGCAUCCACUAUCUCAAAAAUUUAGUUUCUCUGUACUUGUGUAAACAUUUCCAAAUAAAAUGUGUAAAUGGAAAAAAAAAGCUAACUAUAGCCAGGCGCUGUGGCACAUGCUAUAAUCCCAGUGAUUGGGGAAGCUGAGAUAGGAGGAUCACAAGUUCAAAGACAGCUUCAGCCAUUUAGUGAGGCUCUAAGCAAUUUAGUGAGAACCUGUCUCAAAAUAUAAAGGGCUGGGGAUGUGGCUCAGUGGUUAAGCACCUCUAGCUUCAAUCCCUGGUAUCCCCACCCCUCAAGAAAAAAGAAAAAAAAAAAAAGCUAACUAUAGGCUUUCUUUUUGUCAGAAAGACCACAGAAAGGAAAUUUAAAAUUUUAAAAAUAAUCAUAGCAGAAAAGUAACACACCUUCCACACUGUAUUAAGAUUCAGCAUUUUACUAGAGGAGAGUAGAGUAGUGACUUUUCAGUUUUGGCUACCCAAAAUAAAAAACCAACCUGGAAAUGAUCCCCCAGAGACCAAAGCAGAUGUUACAAAAGCCUAUUGACACUCAUGUAGUCCUGUCAAGUACCCCAUUAGAGCCCAUGGAGGCUCUGGAAGGCCGGCAGGGAAGGUACAUUAAUUACCUCAGUUUAACUGGUUUCCCACUUGAUAACAAAAACCAGAAGAAACUGCUAAAGGUGGACACAGUGUCAUCUACUGUGUGACUGAGAGGAAGCAAAUGUUCCUUAUUGUUGUUCAAAAAGAAGCAUACCUUUUAAAAACAUCUGUACUUGAUAUGGUAAAAAAUAAAAAUUACUCACACUUAUUUACUCUGUUCAGGGCUGGGGAUGUAGCUCAGUGGUAGAGCUCUUACCUAGGAUGCAGAGACCUCCCUGAGUUUGAUCCCUAGCACUGUUUAAAAAAUAAAAAAUAAAUGUACUAUGUUCACUGAAAAGUACAUUUUUAUGGACCACUACCUUCUCUGAUGCUGCCAGGUAAAUGAGGCAUACGCUACAGUAACUAUAAGGUAGUAACUUAGUUGAUUAUAUCUAACACUGUUUGUGUUGUACCAAAAGCACUUGUACAUAUGAAGUAUAAUGUAUUUAGAAGUCUUUUGAAAUAGAAGGAAAAUUGUCUUUAAGCCCUGGCAUUAAUGAGCUAGGGCCCUUUUGUAAGUGAUUCCUUUAUCUUGGUAAGCUAUACCUGAGGGAACAAAUAUUUUAAUUUUUUCUAUAUGAUAGCACACACUUCACCUCUUCCAGUUCCUUUAAUACCUCUCAUUUUAUUAAAGGAAUUUCUUCUCAAGGUAAAGUUUGAUUUAAUGGACUCUUGUUUUGAGUGGCAAGACAGUACCAAUGGUGUUUACAGUGGAUUUUCUAUUUUUAAAAAUUCACAAACAUACGUAAGAACUGGUUUGGUUGUCUUCCUUCUUCAGUUAAAUGAUAUAUAGGCUUUUGGAUCCCUUUUGUUUCCAAAGUGGUCAGAUCAUAAUUUAGUAUAAUGAUAUCCACAGUCUUCAAGAUCUGUUUGUCCUUCAGCUCAUGUAGUCCACCAGUGUUUAUGUGAUACUGCUAGUCAAGUGGAUGUGAACAUGCCUCUGGGUCUUAGACAGCAGUGCCUUUUAGAAGAAUCUUUCAUUUGGAGUUUGUACGGUCAUUGAGAUUACCUAUGGUAACCUAUCUAGGUCCUCUUUGGGGAUGUUUUUGUUUAUUUUGGUGUGUGGUGUUGGGGAUAAAUUUAAGUACUUGAACUUGCUAGGAAGGUAGGUAUUCUACCACUGAGCCACAGCCCCAACACUUUAUUAAUUUUUUAAGACAGGGUCUCACUAAAUUGCCCAAACUGCCUUGAGCUUGUGAUCCUCUUGCCUUGGCCUUCCCAGUAGCUGGAUUAUAGGCAUGAGCCACUGCUCCCAGCCUCUUAGGGAUUUUAAAUGAUUGUUGAGUGUCAGGCUUUAUCUUUGCAUGAGUUAAAGUGGUUUAACAGUUGAGGCUAUUGAUGAAGUAGCAUGAACUAACAAAUGUUGCCUGUACUCUAUCAUAAUGUUCUUGCAAACUAGUGUUUUGACCUAAGAGGCAUUGUUUCAUUAGUUUUCAUCAUUAAUCAAAAUGGAUAAAACAGAAAUCACUUUGGUUUGUAAUGAGUCUGGCCUUGUUACAAAAGCCUCCAUUUGGUAACAGUCUGCCAAUUUUCUUUUUUCUUCUUGGUUUUUAUAGUUCCUUAUAAUUCCUUGUCUCUGAUGUCUCUGUAUAUUCUGAGAUCUUCAAAUCUUUUAUGUCUCUUAAUCUAAAUAACAGUUGCUCUUGUAGUCAGUAUCAUUGGUUGACUGAAUAUUAACUGAAUUUGGAGUUUGGAAAAAUGUUGAUGGUUUUUAAAAGCUAUGUUAAUUUCCUCCAGUAUUGUACCUUGUCUGCAUUUGGACAGCCUUUUAAAGAUGUAUCCAAUAAUCUAAGCAAAAUAUUUUAAAAAGCGCCUGGGGUGGAGUUCCUGUGGCUUUUAUAGUAACAUGGAGAGAGAAAGGUAAACUAAAGGCCUGUGUAUGAGCCCAUCCAAUUGUCAGUUGAUCCCAUUAAGUUGUCACUUGGUUCUGGGUACUAGAAGUGGUUUCUCAAUAAAUGUUUAUUAAAUUAAUCAAUGUUAUCUCUUUAGUGUUUUGUCUUUUAGCAUUAAAAUAGGGAGUAACUGGUAGUUUUUCCCAAGUUAUUUCCAUGAGAAUCAGAACAAUUUGCUAUGCCAGUAUGGAAUUGCCUCAAAGUAUUAAAUUAAAACAGGCAUUUAACAAAAUAUAUAAACAGGAUGGGGAUAUUGCUCAAUGGUAGAGUGCUUGCCCAGUAUAAGCAAGGCCCUGAGUUCAAACCCCAAUACCACCAAAAAAGGUGAGAGGCGCACUAUUGACUUUAUUCUGAUAGCCUAUAUUUCAAUCAUAUAACUUUCCUAAAAUAUUUCAGGAUUACAUAUAUUUAUUAUUUUCAGAGAAACCCCCAGAAUACUUUGGCUUUUUAUAAAAUUUAUUUUUAAAAAGUAUUUAUGGAAAUUGUGAGUUUACAGUGUGUUUUUAAAAUUUUGCCUUGGUCUGUUUAAAUAUAGCAUGAUAUCAUCAACAUCCUCAAUGGAAGUGAGAUUGACAGAAUUGUCUGGGUAAACAGUAGCUCAGGUGUGUUAGGAAGAUUACUUGAGCAUGUGAAUUCUGUUCUAAGUUUUAGUCAUUCCUGACAGGGUUAAAGGUAGAAUGAAUUGUUACUUCAUUCUGUUCUUUUGUUAGAACAGAAGAGAGAAACCCCUACCCUCAAAGGUUUUUAGAGAAAGCAGACCAGUUCUUUCUAGUUUUUGAGGCCUUGAUAAUGUUAAGGACUAAAAAUUGAAUGUUUAUUGAAUACCAUGAUGUCAUUAUAUAGUAAUCUGAAAACUAUGUUAAAAUGCACUUCUCGUGUCUCCAAACAUCCUGCUUUCUUUUGUGACUACAUCCUUCUCUCAGCCAAAAUAACAAGCUAACUAGAGUUUCAAUAUUCAAUAUCCUUCUC